CUGACCUUAGAUAACGUCCAGCCGGAGAACUCGGCGCUCCCACCGAACUCCCCACGCGCAAACCAGAGCAGAGCAGAGAAUCCCAAACCCCAGCGCCCAUGUCUCCCCAAGCCCCCCUCCUCCUCCUCCUCGCCGCCGCCGCCGUCGCCGUCUCGGCCGCGGCGCCGGCGAACGGCGCGGCGAACGACCUGCUCCCCAAGUACGGCCUCCCGAGGGGGCUGAUCCCGGACUCGGUCAGCUCCUACACCUUCGACGAGGCGACCGGCGACUUCGAGAUCCACCUCGCGGGCACCUGCUACGUCCGCUUCGGCGACCACCUCGUCUACUACGACCGGACCCUCCGCGGCUGCCUCUCCAAGGGCAGGAUCGCCGGCCUCUCCGGCAUCCAGGCCAAGAAGCUCUUCCUCUGGGUCUCCGUCUCCGGCAUCGUCGCCCACCCCGACGAGGGCACCCUCGAGUUCCAGGUCGGCUUCGUCUCCGAGGAGCUCUCCGCCUCGCUCUUCGACCGGGUGCCCGCCUGCGGCGCCAGCGCAGGCGCCCAGCUCCGCGGUGUCGCCGGCGUCAUCGGCGAGCUCGGCCUGCUCCCCGUUGCAGAGGCUUGAGCUUGGAGCUGGGCAGUCGUUCGUUCCACUUGCAGCAAAUUCAUUCUCCUUGUAUCCUACCGCGGUGGCGUCACACGAGUAAUGAUGAUAAUAAGAUGUCCGGAGCCUUUUUUUAGAUCAGGGAGAAAGGCCUCGUGGACCAUGAUGGUGUGCUGUCUGAAAAAAGUGUGUAUGUUGGUCUGCUGUCUCUCGUUAGUGAACACGGAUUCUGUGUAGAUUUGUACAUCUGCUUGCUGCAACUGGGACCUGUGUAAAAUAUAUGUAGUCCAUGUCUUUGUUUCAUAGCACUACUUCAGACAGAAAGAAAAACAUCUCCUAUGGAACGUCUGGCGAUGCUUUUUGUGCGUUUAA